AGGAGCGGCCUCUGCCCCGGCGACAGGAAGUGACGUACAGUACAGAGGCGGAAGUCGCUUUCUGUGAUCGGAAAUUAGCUGUUUCCAAGGGGGGCGUCGGGUUGGGCGGAGAUGGGGACCCCCUUGGUGGCCAGUCGGGGCCGGCGCUUCAAGUGGGCCAUCGAGCUGGGCGGCCCGGGCAGCGGGGGCAGGGGCCGCAGCGACCGGGGCAGUGGCCAAGGCGAAUCCCUCUAUCCCGUGGGCUACUCAGACAAGCAGGUCCCUGACACCAGCGUCCAGGAGACUGACCGUAUCCUGGUGGAGAAGCGGUGCUGGGAUGUGGCGCUGGGGCCACUGAAGCAGAUCCCCAUGAACCUCUUCAUCAUGUACAUGGCUGGGAACACCAUCUCCAUCUUCCCCACAAUGAUGGUGUGCAUGAUGGCUUGGCGCCCCCUGCAGGCCCUCAUGGCCAUCUCUGCUACCUUCAAGCUGCUGGAGAGCUCCAGCCAGAAGUUCCUGCAGGGGCUCGUGUAUCUGAUCGGGAACCUGCUGGGGCUGGCGCUGGCUGUCUACAAGUGCCAGUCCAUGGGGCUGCUGCCCACCCAUGCCUCCGACUGGCUGGCCUUCAUCGAACCCCCUGAGCGGAUGGAGUACACCGGCGGGGGGCUGCUGCUGUGACCAAUACCCCUUGCCCCUGGAGAGAUUGCAGGUUUUCCAGGAGGACCUGGAGUCUCUACAGCUCCUGUUGGGCUUUGAGCCCCACCACCCUCUUCUAGCCUUCCCCCUCCUCGGGCAGGGUGGAUAAAUAAAGCUGCUGUGCAGAGGUGCCUCCACUGCCUGCUGCGGGGGAGUGGGAGGCAGAGUACACGCAAAAAGCACAAUCUGGAUCUUCCCUCCCAUGUGCAAGUUCCAGCCCCCACAGCUACACUUAAUGUAUAAAAUUUUAUUCUUUACACAUUUCUGGUACAGAGCCAAAAAAAAUCCCUUCUUCCCCCCAAUACUGUAAACGGGGGCUUGACCCCCAAUAAAUUAAAAGCCCCCCCUCCCCAAAGAUCAAGUAGUGGGUGCCAGGCCCUGCCUUCCAAUUGAAGCUAUAGGGGGAGAGGAGAUUGGAUUUGCCUGUUUCAAGACUGCCCUGGGGGUCAGCAGCUCCAGAAACCGCCUGCCAUGAUUAGUGCUGAGACAACAGCAGCCAGGGGGAGGGAAGGGGGAAACUUAUGUCCCUACCCUCUCAUGAUCCAGCAACCCCACCCUAUGGGCUAUGGGGCAGGAGUGAAUGUGAAAUAAAAAGUUAAGCCACAAG